AUGGACUUUAAAGCCCAUCCCUCUCCGUCGUUCUUUAGGGCGAAGAAAGAACAGACUCCUCUCUUGCGACGAAGCCAUGGAGUUGGAUCUCUGGAUUUCGAAGGUGAAGGAAGGCCAGCAUUUAAAUGAGGACGAACUCCAGCUCGUCUGCGAAUACGUGAAGGAAAUUCUUAUCGAGGAGUCGAACGUCCAGCCCGUGAAUAGCCCUGUGACUGUAUGUGGAGAUAUCCAUGGUCAAUUUCAUGAUUUAAUGAAACUCUUCCAAACUGGUGGUCAUGUUCCUGAGACAAAUUACAUCUUUAUGGGUGAUUUCGUUGAUCGUGGUUAUAACAGUCUGGAAGUUUUUACUAUUCUUUUGCUUCUUAAAGCCAGAUAUCCUGCAAAUAUAACUCUUCUGCGUGGGAAUCAUGAAAGCAGGCAGCUAACACAGGUAUAUGGUUUUUAUGAUGAGUGCCAGAGAAAGUACGGAAAUGCCAAUGCAUGGCGGUAUUGCACUGAUGUCUUUGAUUACCUAACAUUGUCAGCAAUCAUAGAUGGAACUGUUCUCUGUGUCCAUGGUGGUCUUUCUCCUGAUAUACGGACAAUUGAUCAGAUAAGGGUUAUAGAUCGUGAUUGUGAAAUUCCUCAUGAGGGCCCCUUUUGUGACCUAAUGUGGAGUGACCCAGAAGAUAUUGAAACAUGGGCUGUCAGUCCUCGUGGUGCAGGUUGGCUUUUUGGAUCCAGGGUGACGUCAGAGUUCAACCACAUAAACGAUCUUGAUCUUGUUUGUCGAGCACACCAACUUGUCCAGGAAGGUCUGAAGUACAUGUUUCAAGACAAAGGCCUCGUAACUGUGUGGUCUGCACCUAAUUAUUGUUACAGAUGUGGGAAUGUAGCUUCUAUACUCAGCUUCAAUGAGAAUAUGGAAAGAGAGGUGAAGUUCUUCACAGAAACUGAGGAGAAUAAUCAAAUGAGAGGGCCCAGGACAGGAGUCCCAUACUUUUUAUGAAGGUGGUCUUUUGCUCAACCCUUUAUUAGCAUCAUAUUUUCCUGCCUCCUGUAAAGUUAUGCCUCAAAAGUUAGCUCUCCCUCUGUGGAAGGUGAAUGUCAUGAUCUGAUGGAGCCUUAGGAGAGUGACUUCCAAGCAGAUCCUACUACGUGCUGCUUUCUGGUUUUGCUUCAGAUUAUUAAUUUUUGUUGUAUGUUAUGAUAUUCUUGUCACCAUGAGUUCUGUUUUAUUGUUGUUUCCGAGGUUAGACUUUGACACCAACUGUCAUUUGGAGGUUUGGGAUGACAUUUUAGGGCUUCAGGAAGAGGGUGACAGAUGCCAUGGCUAUCUGCUGAGGUUUCGUCAAGACCCCAGGAGGAUCGAUAUGGCUCCAGAGUCUCGGUCCUGCAAUUCUAAGAUCAUUCAUGUUGUAUACUGUCUGACAAUUUUGCUUCUCAGGUUUCAAGUCUGCGGUGCAAUAUGAAGGAGCACAAACAUACAAUUUUACAAUAAUUAUUGUUCACAAUGCAGUUCAGUAUCAAUUUUUUUUGGUGAAAGCAGUUUCUAGGAUCAUAAAAUGAGAGAUCAUUGCAUGUUGGAACUUGGUGCUUCAGUAUGACAUUUCUGUUGGUCUCUGAAACUGUAACUACGCUGCCCUCUCGAGGUUUCUCUGAAAGCAACAUGAAGCAUGAAAAACUUUUGUCA